CAUAACAUCUCAUCCUAGUACGUUAUCAAAACCGUCGACUCGUCAAAAUGGCUUCCCCGAGAAUCUUCGCUAUUCUAGGGUCCACCGGCAAUCAGGGUGGCUCCAUCGCUAACACCUUCCUCGGGGAGCCCGGUUGGCAGGUCCGCGCCCUGACACGCAACACUUCGAGCCCCAAAGCUCAAGCCUUGACAGCGCGUGGAGCCGAGGUUGUCUAUGUCGACAUAAACAAACCGGAAACGUUCCCGGCUGCUUUCGAGGGCGCUAGUGCCAUCUUCGCCGUUACCGACUUUUGGGGCAUCUAUGGUGAUCCUGCCAACCAAGACAAGCCCAAGCCUGGACAGCCGUUGAAUGCAUGGGCAGGCGAGUUUGAAACUCAGCAGCUGAAGAGUAUCAUCGAUGCAGUUGCUAAGGUGCCUACUCUUGAGCGCUUCAUCCUCUCCUCCCUCUCCAAUGUGACAAAGUGGUCCAAGGGAAAGUACACCCACGUCUACCACUUUGACUCCAAGGCAAAUGCAACGGAGUACGGCAGGAAAAUGUACCCAGACCUAUGGACAAAGACAAGCAUCUUUCAAUCUGGCUAUUUCCUGAGCAAUUAUGUCUCUAACCCCAUUACUCAAGCAAGCAAGAACGACGAAGGAGUAGUCCAGUUCAUUGGGCAUAUUGAGCCGGAUGUCAAGAUCCCGUUCAUCGCCGCUGAAGAGGAUACUGGUCCUAUUGUUAAACGACUUAUCGAUGAGUCCGCCGGAAAGAAUGUCAUUGGCUACAGAGAAUGGCUGACUGUGCCAGAGCUGGCACUCUCAUUCACAAAGGCGACUGGUAUGAAGGCUGAAUCUGUCACUCUGCCUAAGGGCGAGUUUCAUAUACCUCUUCCAGAUGAGUUGAAAUUGGAGCUUGAAGAAAACUUUGCCGCCUUCAAUGAGUUUGGGUACGAGUCUCGGGACGAUCCUACCGUUGUUCACCCUCAAGAUCUGGAGUCACCGCCAUCGCUUGACACAGUGGAGAAUUACUGGAAGAAACAGGAUUGGUCAAAGAUCUUUGGUGCUUAACGUCGACCAAUACCAUGGAUAGGUUAAUUCCAGGACGUAGGUGGAAAUCAGGAUGUGAGUCUGUGCAGCUAUGACAGGGUGUGUGAAAAGGGUGUCACACAAUAUUUGUAGUGUUGUGGCUUGGAGGCUUAGCCUUACUAAGCUCUACAUCACGUAACCGGUCGGAGGGGGACUAAGUUUCUAUGAGCUACAGCUCCCAGCCAAAGCUUUCUUAAUUUAAGCACU